AUGGCCUCAGUUGAAAUACUGACCGAGGCGUCGCUGUUGGCGCCAGGUUUCCGUCAAAUGGAUCUCCGUACGUUGGACAUGUUGAAACUCUUGCAAACCGCUGGACUCAACGAGAAUGAGACAAUAAUCAGCGCGGGAAAUGAGAGCAAGACUUGCCUGCUCGACUCGUUUUUCCCGGAGACAGUAGGGACGGCGGUGACUCCUCUGCUAGCGUGGGGUUGCCUUGUGUUGAUGGGCACCUUUGUCGCAAAGUCUCCCCUCCGUUCACUCUCUCUGCAACGCUCGUGGCAAGAGUUGACCACUGGGCGACAAUCAAGACUGAAUAUGCUGGAUUGCUUUAGAGUGAUCGCCAUCUUGUGGGUGAUGAUGAACCACACCGGAUCCGAGGGUCGCGUCGAUAUCCUCGAUCGACUCCCGUCAGCUGAAACAUUCAAACACAACGUGCACACGCAUCCGAUCUUCGGCGCACUCCUUGGGAACAGUGCCCUCGGGGUUGAGGUGUUCCUCGUGCUCUCCGGUAUGCUUGGCGCUCGUUCGUGGCUGCGGAACGCGGAAGACGAUUUCUGGUCUCACUAUCGCUCAUUCAUCGGUCGUCGCAUUCUCCGCCUUUUCCCUUCAAUCGCCUUUUUCGUCUACCUUGCCGCCGGACCGAUCAUGAAAGCCGUCUUGCCGCGUUACACAUCGACGAUGAUCUCGGACUGUGGCUUGCAGGGUCUCCUCAGCCAUCUCACCUUCACCGGCAAUUGGCAAUCAACGCCGACUUGCAUGGGCUAUUUGUGGUAUCUCGGAUUGGACAUGCAAUUGCAUCUGGCUCUUCCUUUCCUCCUCCAUUUGCUCGUCUCCAACAAAGUGAGAGGAUUGGCGGUGAUCUUUGCAACGAUUGCCACCUCAUGCGUUCUCCGGGCCGCUCACUGCUCGAUCUAUGGAGUCUGCAACAAGAGUGAUGUCGAUAUCCCGUUCAUCUCGUACCCUGACUCGGACCCGAUCGAGAUCCUCAAAGCCUACGAGGGAUUGUGGGAUAUGUACGCACGACCGUACACUAAAUGUGGCCCGUUCUUGGUGGGAGUCUUGCUCGGAUAUGCCACCGUCUAUAUAAAGGCCGAAUUCUCACCGCGUUUCUCCUCGACACUUUUCACGGCUAGUGCAUUGACUUGUGUUGGUGUGAUCUACGCAAUUUUGCCUGAAUACUGGUAUCCGGAGAUGUCAACGAAUCUCUACAAUCUCUCCUAUACGGCGACUUUCCGAACCAUCUUCUCAAUCGGUAUCUGCGGGAUGAUCGCCGCGUUGUACUGGAGAAAGAAUAGUGUGCAAGUGUCCCCCUUGUGGUCGAUUCUCGCCCGUCUGACCUUCUCGGUUUAUCUCCUCCACAUGCCGAUCGUCUACAUCUUCAACCAUCUGCCGUACCUCCAAACAGCUCACGGUGCAGUUGAGCUCCUCGUCGUGCUUCCAUUCGUCUCGAUUCUCUCAUUCUUUGCCGCGAUAAUCUUCUACCUUUUCAUCGAAUCUCCUAUCGGAAAUCUCUCAAAUCAAUGCGCGAAACAGUUGGGGUUG